UAUUAUACUUGGCAACAAGAACAACAAAAAUUGAAACAUAAAUAGAAAAAAAGUUUUCCAAUUUUAAUAAUAUAUUCUUCUCAUCGACAGAUUCUAGAUAUUCUUUCUUCUUCCCCAAACACGAUCAUCUCGCUGAAGGGAAGAACUUGAAAUCUUCAUCGAGAAGAAUAUAUAUAUAUAUAUAUAUAUAUAAUAAUCCUAACCCUAAUCCUAAUCCAAAUCCAAUUCCAAUUCCAAAUCCAUUUCCGUUUCCCAAUCGGAAAAUCUAAUUCCCCUCUUUGGAAAAUCCAAUUUUCGCAGACAAACCUCGAUCGAUCAUCGUUCCCAAAUCUCCCAAUUCUGACUCUCUCUCCCCUAAUCAUUUCCGUCUAGGGCAUAUUUCAAUUUCACAUCGGAUUGGUCACUUUGACUCGAAGUUUUGAGGAGCCUCAUCUCUUGAUAUGCAGAGCCAGAUAGUGUGCAGUGGUUGUAGGAGCAUUCUUCUUUACCCUAGAGGAGCAUCAAAUGUCUGCUGUGCAUUAUGUAAUGCAAUAACCUCAGUCCCGCCUCCUGGAAUGGAGAUGUCUCAGCUCAUAUGUGGAGGUUGCCGUACAUGGCUUAUGUAUACACGUGGGGCUACAAAUGUGAGAUGCUCCUGCUGUCAAACAGUGAACCUUGCACCAGCGUCUAACCAACUUGCUCAUGUUAACUGUGGAAAUUGCCGUACAACGUUGAUGUACCCUUAUGGAGCUCCAUCCGUCAAAUGUGCCAUUUGCCACUACAUUACAAAUGUUAAUAUGGGCAAUGUGAGGGUUCCCAUUCCUAUGCACAGACCAAAUGGGGCAACUACCCCUGCAUCAAUGCCCUCCACUUCAGCAGCAAUGCCUCAUUCUCAGACCCAAACCGUUGUUGUCGAGAAUCCCAUGUCGGUCGAUGAAAGUGGCAAAUUGGUGAGCAAUGUUGUUGUUGGCGUCACGACGGACAAGAAGUGAUCAAAGCAAAUUCCAUGAUUCAUCCUGUGGAAUAUUAAUUAAUGGGUUAUUAGUUCGGAAUUAUUGUUUCCUAAAGCUGUGAAGAGGGAUGUGGAGAUAUGUGUGCAUAUUAGAAUGGAAUUGGCUAUUAUUAAUGUUAUUACAACAUUGGGGAUAUAUUGAGUUUUUGAAGAAAUUGAGACUGUUUGGCUUAUAUUGAGAGGAUAGUAACUGGAAAAGAUGAUGUGUUUGUGUGAUGCUGUAUUGAAUAAUUUGUUUGGAACAUAAUUAUUUCUAUCAGUGCUCAUAAAAUCUCUGGCAAUUGGAAAAUUAUUUUCAAUGGAGAUGCCAUUUUUCUUGA